AUGAAAUUUCAAUUUUCAUCGCCCAGUAAAAUAUUUCUGUUUUCAAGUGUAAUUUUGAUAUUAAUAUUUAUAGGAAUAAAAUUUGAACUACUUGAAGAUACAAAUAGCAACAGAAAUGAUAAAUUUAAUAAUAUAAUUAAUAGAUUUAUAAAUUAUAAUAUCGAUGACUCAAUUUAUAAAAACAAACAACAACAACAACAAUUUUCAAAUAAAAUUUAUUCAAAUGAAAAGAAAAUUUUAUUAAAAAAUAAAAUAAUUGAUACAACAAUUAAACCUUCAAUAAAUAUUAAUAAUAAUAAUAAUAAUAAUAAUAAAUUAAAUAAUAAUAAUAAUAAUAAUAAUAAUAAUAAUAAUAAUAAUAAUAAUAAUAAUAAUAAUAAUAAUAAUAAUAAUAAUAAUAAUUAUUAUAAUAGUAUUGAAUAUUAUUCAUCAUUCGUAUCAAGAUUAUUAAAAUCAAAUGAUGAUGAUGGUAUUUAUUAUGAUGACUAUCAAUCAAAAUAUAAAAAGAAUCAUUAUAUAGUUCAAUUUAAAGAUCGUAUAAAUGAUGAAACUAGAGAACAAUUGAAGGAAUUUUUAAUUGGUACUGAUAUAACAAUAUUAAAAGAACAACCAUUUAAAUCACAUAUAGUUCACUAUAUACCACAUGAUAGUUUCUUAGUAUUUAUGACUAAAGAGCAAAGUGUAUUAUUAUCAAGUAAAGAAUGGAUAUCAUGGAUUGGUGAACAUGAACCAUCAAAUAAAAUACAUUUAAAUUAUCAUGAAAAGUCAAUUGGAUAUCCGGUUUAUAUUAUAUUAAGUGGUUCAACAAAUUCAUUAAUUCAAAGAUGGGAGAAUACAUUAAAUUCAAUUUUAACAUCAUAUAAUUCAAAAGUUAAAUUAACAUUAAUUAAUCAAAAGAAAUUAAAAUCAAUUGUAUAUUGUAAUGAUGAAUCACCAUCAUCAUCAUCAUCAUCGUCAUGUUCAUUAAUUGGUUCUGAGAAAAUUGUAUAUAAAUGGAUUUCAGAACAAAGUGAAAGUAAUUAUAUUGAAAGAUCAGAGAAAUUACAAACUGCAAAUAGAUUAUCACCAACUGUAAUUUUCGGCACAAAAGAUAAAUUGGUUAAUAAUGAUAGAAUUGAUAUUCCAUUAAGAGGUAAAGGUCAGAUAUUGAGUAUUGCUGAUACUGGUUUAGAUGGUAGCCAUUGUUUCUUUUCAGAUUCAAAGUAUCCAAUACCAUUUAAUCAAGUGAAUGAAAAUCAUAGAAAAGUUGUAACUUAUAUUACUUACCAUGACAAUGAAGAUUAUGUAAAUGGUCAUGGUACACAUGUUUGUGGCUCUGCAGCAGGUACUCCAGAGGAUUCUUCAUGGGCUAUUUCAUCAUUUAGUGGUCUUGCAACUGACGCAAAGAUUGCAUUUUAUGAUCUUUCAUCUGGAAGUUCUGAACCAACACCACCCGAAGAUUACAGUCAAAUGUACAAACCAUUAUAUGAUGCAGGUGCAAGAGUACAUGGUGAUUCUUGGGGUUCUGUAUCUUUGCAAGGUUAUUAUGGUGGUUAUUCCGAUGAUGCUGGUGGUAUUGAUGCAUUCCUCUAUGAGUACCCAGAAUUCUCUAUACUAAGAGCUGCUGGUAAUAACGAGCUAUUUGCAUCUUUAUUAGCUCAAGCAACAGCUAAAAAUGCAAUUACAGUUGGUGCUGAGCAAACAGCUCAUGUAAAUUAUGUGUCAGAUGCAUUGGAAUAUUAUGAUUUCUCAGAUAAUGCUAAUUUUCAAAGACCAUGUUUAUUCGAUAAGAAGUAUUGUAAUUAUACGACCGCUAAAUGUUGCUCAGAGGUUUCAAAUGUUAAAGGUUUACAAUUAUGUUGUCCAGCAUCUAUUAAACAAAAUGCAUCGGAUUCAUUCACAACACAACCUCAAUUUUAUAAUGAAAAUAAUAUGGGAUCAUUCUCAUCAAAGGGUCCAACACAUGAUGGUAGAUUGAAACCUGAUAUAGUUGCACCUGGUGAAUAUAUUACAUCGGCAAGAUCAAAUGGUGAGAAUUCAACAGACCAAUGUGGUGAUGGUUCUUUACCAAAUGCAAAUGGUCUAAUGUCAAUAUCUGGUACAUCAAUGGCAACACCAUUGGCAACAGCAGCAACAACAAUUCUUAGACAAUAUUUAGUUGAUGGUUAUUUCCCAACUGGCGAAUCUGUCGAAGAGAAUAAACUACUACCAACUGGAUCAUUAUUAAAAGCAUUAAUGAUUAAUAAUGCUCAAUUAUUAAAUGGUACUUAUUUUUGGAGUGCAUCAAGUACAAAUCCAUCAAACGCAAUAUUUGAACAAAUUAAUGGCGCAAAUUUAAUUCAAGGUUGGGGUGCACUUAGAAUGAAUAAUUGGUUAUAUGUUAAAUCAUCAAAUCCAACACCACCAUCAAGAUGGAUUGGUAUCGGUGGUUUAGGUAAAAAUCAAAAAGCAACUGAAUGGAAAGAAGAUAGUUUAUCAAGUGGUUUAAAUAAAUCAUAUUGUUUCACAUAUAAACCAUCAUCAUCAUCAUCAGGUAGUGGUGGUGGUGGUGGUACACCAAGAAUUGUUGCAACAUUAGUUUGGACAGAUCCACCGUCAUAUUCUGGUGCAAAAUUUAAUUUAGUAAAUAAUUUAGAUUUAUUAUUAUUAAAUAGUGAUGAUGAUUCAAUAAUUACAAUUGGUAAUUCUGGUGGAUCAUUACAACCAGCAGGAAAGGUAGCACAACCUGAUACAUUGAAUAAUGUUGAGGGUAUAAUUAUUAAUCCAACCAAAGCAAUGAAUUAUAAAUUUACAAUCGCAGGAACCAAUGUACCAAUUGGACCACAAAAGUUUUCAUUUGUAUUCCAUGGUGAAAAUGGUCAAUUUGAUUGGGCUGAUAGUUGUCCACAAUGUGUUGAUGGUGUUCAAUUUCCUUGUUUAAUUACAAAUGGAAUUGGUAUCCAGUCAUGUGGAUCCGAUCUACUUUGGACAAAAUGUAUUGUACAAUCUUGUAAUGAAGGCUAUAAUUAUAAUUCACUCAAGAAUACUUGUGAUAAAUUCUUAUCAUACAAUUAUAUUAUCAUUAUCGUUGCAGGUGGUACUAUGGUAUUGAUUAUACUAUUACUAAUGUGGAUAAAGUAUCAAGAAUAUAAAGAGAGUAAAAGGGAUAGUUUCCGUAGAUUCGAUGAUGGUACAGGUAUUUUCGUUAGACCAAAGGAUAAAGAUGCAAAAGUUACGCCCCCUGAUCUUUAUAAUUUAGUUUCACCAUUCAUUAUCGAAUUAACAAUUGCCACAGCAUGUUCAUUGGUCGCAACAGCAGCAAGUAUCUUACAGCCAUUCUAUAUUGGUAAUAUUGUAAACAACAUCCCAACAACUAAAAGCAUUGGUGAAUUUAAGAGUGAUUUCAUUAUUAUCUUCAUAUUGGCAUUCAUUGAAUUUUUAUUUACAAAUGUUGGUUCAUGGAUAUCUGGUAUUGUAAAUGAAAAGAUGGUAAUGAGAUUACAAAAUAAAGUAUUCCGUGCAUUGAUUGCUCAAGAUAUGGGAUUUUUCCAAAGAAAUAAUUCAGCAUUGUUAAUGAAUGUUUUAAUCGUUGAUACACCAAUGUUAAGAUCGGCACUCACUGGUAUACUAUUAUCAAUUGCAACUGGUGUUUGUAAAUUAGUUGGUAGUUUAGUAUUCAUUUUCACAAUUUCAUGGAAACUUUCAUUGGCAUUCUUUGCAGCCGUACCAAUUUUAGGUUUAGUAACUCAAAUUCAAUCACAAUUCACUAAAAGAUUAACUCGUCAAUUAUUAUUCCAUAAUUCAAAAGCAUCACAACAUGGUACUGAGUCAUUAACAAAUAUGCAUGUAGUUACCAACUAUUGUAAACAAGAGAAAGAAAUGGUUAAAUAUUCAGAUCAAUUGAUGAAUGUUUUCAUUACUGCUAGAAAAUUAAUCAUUACAAAUACAUUUGCUGGAACUGGUAAAUGGUUAUUAAUAGAAUCAUUAACAUUUGUCAUUCUUUAUUUCUCUGCUUAUUUAGUAAUUCAAAAACAAUUCACCGUUGGUUUAAUGAUUUCAUUCUCUUUAUACAUUGGUUAUGUUGUUGAUGCUUCAAGUUCUCUAUUUGGUGUUUAUGUUAGUUAUAUUCAAUGUUUAGCUUCUGCAACUAGAGUUUUCAUGAUUUUAAGAUCUGCACCAAGAAAAAGAACAACUUUAGAAGAAGAAGAAGCUGAUAGAUUAGCUGGUUUAAGUGGUGGUGGUGGUGGUGGUGGUGAUAAUGGUGAUGAUAAAAAAGAUAAACAAAAUAUUGAAAAUGGUAAAGAUGUUUUACCUUCAAAUAUUAUUACACCAAUUGAUAAUGUUGAAAAUAGUAAUGGUAAACAAGAUGAUCCAAAUAAUAAUAAUAACAAUAUUGGUAAUCUUGAUUAUAGUGAACAAUUAGAUGGUGUUUCAACAGUUGCUGAUAGUACAGUUGGUUUAACUAAAAGAGAAUUAAAAAAACAAAAAGAAAAAGAACAAAAAGAAUAUUUCAAACAAACUGGUAUUUCAGUUGCUGAAACUCCAACAUUUUUACCAUCAAGUUAUACAGAGUUAACAGAAUGUAGAGGUGAAAUUGAAUUUAAGAAUGUAUCAUUCCGUUAUCCAACUAGACCAGAUGUACAAGUUUUACAUAAUAUCAAUAUGAAAUUUGAAGCUGGUAAAUGCUAUGGUUUGGUUGGUCCUUCAGGUAGUGGUAAAUCAACAACAUUGGAAUUGAUUUCAAAAUUCUAUCCACUUCAUGGCGAGACUGGUGGUAAAAUUUACAUGGAUGGUAUUGAUAUUGCAAAAAUUAGACCAAACAAUCUUAGAAGUUUCGUUACAAACGUUCAUCAACAUCCUUUCCUAUUCGAUGCUACGAUUGGUGAAAACAUUGGUUAUGCAAUUGAUAAUCCAACUCAAGAGGAUAUCAUUGAAGCUGCCAAAUUGGCAUAUGCUCAUGAAUUCAUUAAUGAUUUACCAAAGAAGUAUGAUACUCAAAUUGGAGAAGCUGGUAAUUUAUCAGGUGGUCAAAAGAAAAGAAUUGCAGUAGCUCGUGCAAUUUGUGCAAAGAGAAAGAUUAUGUUAUUGGAUGAAAUCACUGCUGAGUUAGAUCCAGAAUCUGAAGAAGCCAUUACUCAAAGUAUUAAAGUUUUAACUCAAGGUCAUACCGUUGUAAUGGUAGCUCAUAAAGUUGCUGCUGUACGUGAUUGUGAUAAAAUCUUUGUUUUAGAGAAAGGUUAUUUAGUUGAAGAAGGUACUCAUGACGAACUCAUGGCAAAUAAAGGAAAAUAUUAUAGAAUGUUUAGUGAAGAUAAAGAUGAUACUCCUUUACAAAAUAAUAAUAAUAAUAAAAAUAAUAAUAAUAAUAAUAAUAAUAAUGAGCCUUCAUCUUCCUCAACACCACCAAAUGAUCAACCAACACCACCUCCACAAGAACAACAAGAACAAAAAAAUGAUCAACCACCACCACCACCUCCACAAGAACAACAAGAACAACAAGAACAACAACAACAACAACAACAAGAACAACAACAACAACAACAACAACAACAACAACAACAACAACAACAACAACAACAACAACAACAACAACAACAACAACAACAACAACAACAACAACAACAAAAUGACCAACCUCCAAAUGAUUAUGAUCAAGUACCACCACCUCCACCUUUGCCAAGUGAGUCACCUUCACCACCAACUGGAAAUAAUGAUGGCCAACCACUUGUUCAAAUGGAUGAAGAAAAUGAUGAAGAGAGAUAG